AUGCCUCGCAACUUGGAGAGCCCGGUGCAGACCCAGAUGGCAGUCUCAGCCUUGGACCGAGCUCUUAGCAGCGAGUACCCUACCAAAAGCAGAAGCGAGACCAAGGUUGGCGGAUGGAAACGUGUUUUUGUCCAGACUGACACUGGUUGUGUCCUGGCUAUUCAAUUGGAUCGUGGUGACAAUGCACACACGGUCAAAAGAAGGCUGCAGGUGGCCCUAAACUUUCCCACUGAUGAGAGGUCACUGACAUUAGGCGAUCGUGUUCUGAAAAAUGAUCUCAGCACCAUUAGAAAUGAUUCCCCAUUGCUUCUCACAAAGACUUUCAUGCAUCGAAGUUCCUCCACACCAUGCUUGUCUCCUAGAGGCAAGGAUCUCCAACAGCAAAAAGACAAGGGUUGUCCAAUUGAACUGUUAGUAUGCCCGAGCCGCUGUUCUCGAGCAAGGCAGCUUGUGAAGGAUGUUGCUAGGGCAAUCAGGAAAGGUGUGGAUCCAGUACCUAUCAAAAGUGGGCUUGGUGGUGCCUACUAUUUCAAGAACAGCAAAGGUGAGAAUGCGGCAAUUGUGAAGCCAAAUGAUGAGGAGCCUUUUGCACCCAACAACCCAAAAGGUUUUAUAGGGAAAUCCCUUGGGCAGCCAGGCCUCAAAAGAUCAGUUCGAAUUGGUGAGACUGGAUUCAGAGAGGUUGCUGCCUACCUUCUGGACCAUGAUAAUUCUGCUAAUGUCCCUCCGACGCUACUUGUUAAGAUUUCUCAUCCUGUGUUUCAUAUGAAUGAAGGCGCCAACUGUGCUAACAAAAAUAUUGCUGAUGGUAGCACUCAAGCUGUUAGCAAGAUUGCAUCAUUUCAGCAGUUUAUUCCUCAUGAUUUUGAUGCCAGUGAUCAUGGCACCUCAAGCUUUCCUGUUUCUGCUGUCCAUAGGAUUGGUAUUCUUGACAUCAGGAUCUUCAACACUGAUAGACAUGCUGGAAAUCUUCUGGUAAGGAAGCAAACUGGAGCAGGAAAAUUUGGGAAUCAGACUGAACUUAUUCCUAUUGAUCAUGGUCUCUGCCUUCCAGAGUGUUUGGAGGAUCCUUAUUUUGAAUGGAUCCACUGGCCUCAGGCAUCAGUCCCAUUCUCCGAGGAUGAGCUUGAGUACAUUGCAAAUCUUGAUCCAGUGAAAGAUGCUGACAUGCUGCGGAUGGAGUUGCCUAUGAUCCGUGAAGCAUGCCUGAGAGUACUAAUACUCUCAACCAUAUUUCUAAAAGAAGCCACAGCAUUUGGUCUGUGCCUUGCAGAGAUUGGGGAGAUGAUGAGCAGGGAAUUUACUGGGAUGGAAGAUCAGCCAAGUGAGCUAGAGUUUGUCUGCAUGGAGGCAAGGAGGCUAGCAGCAGAGCAAGAAGACAGUACCACAGAACAUGACUCUGGUGAGGAGGAUUUAACUCAGUUUGAACUUGACAGCGAAGAUCAUGAAAUGCUAAAAGAACCAUCAGCCCACCAGUUUGAAUUUAAGACAAGAAACUCCAGAAACCCACUGUCCAAAUUGGAUGAAGCCGAUGAAGAAGAAGAGGAGGAAGAAGAGGAAGAUGAUACUGAGGAGGUAGAAAGCGAUGCUGGAAAGUUAGCUUGCCCUAAGCCUGUCAAUAAGUGGCUUGCUAACAUUUCAAAGCUGUCAACCUCACUGAAGGAUGUCAAUCUAACAGACAAAACCCAGCGUCAACUGUCUGCUGGUCCUAAGUUUGUGGAUCCUGUGAAUACUUCUAAGAGCAACAGCAAUGACAGUGGCUCUCAACUUUGUAACUGGGGAAGUGCAAACGAUAUGCUCCCUACAAGUGUGAGCUUCGUCAAGCUGGCUGACAUGAAAACUGAGACGUGGGGCCUGUUCCUCGAGAAGUUCCAGGAGCUCCUGCCUGAGACAUUCCGUUCCCACGAGUGCAGUGUCACAGCGCAAAGGGCAAAGCAGAGGCUUGGCACUUCUUGCCAGUUUUGA